AUGGUUUUAGAAACUAUUUCGAGGAUAAUAAAAAUUCAGCUUCCAGCAUACCUUAAGAAACUUCCUCUUCCGGAAACGAUCGGUGGAUUUGUAAGGUUAACAGUGUCCGAAUGGCUGCGGUUGCUGCCUCUUCUUGGCAUCUUGGCUCUGCUGGGCUACAUGACCAUUCGGCCCUUCUUUCCCAAGAAGAAGAAGCAAAGAGACUGUCUGAUCAACCUGAAGAUUCAGAAGGAGAAUCCCAAAGUGGUUAACGAGAUAGAUAUUGAGGACCUCAACAGUGCAAACGUGUGCUACUGCCGCUGUUGGCGCUCUAAAACCUUUCCUGUUUGUGACAAGUCACACUUAAAGCACAACGAACUGACUGGAGACAAUGUGGGACCGCUCAUACUCAAGAAGAAGAUCCUAUAA